AUGGUGGAGGAUAUUAAUUUAAAUAUAGUCGUAUCAAACAUUUUGAAUGAGAAGCGCUACAGUCAUUGCAGGUUAUGCUUAAAGAUUAUCAAAGAGCAUUAUGUUCGUUUUAACGAUGCAGUGUCUUUACAUCCAUCUAGUGGAAUUUUUCAGCCGCUGUCUGAAAUCCUAACGAAGCUUUUGGGCGAAAGUAUUUGUGAUGAAAUUACGGGUGUUGAAGCAGUUUGUGUGGAUUGUGUCAAUGAAGUACUCACAUCGGCUCGUUUUAUAGAAAGAUGUCAGAAUUCGUCGAAUAUUUUAACUCAAGUGUUUCACAAUCUAUGCAACACAUUCAGUGCUAGCAUUGAUACAAGCAACACAAACAAAACACUAUACGUUGUCAUAGAAGAUCUAGAAUCGCAAAUACUGUUCGUAAAUAAACCACAGAAGAAGCAGAACACUCUGACAUCUCAUUUACCGUUCCAGUGUCAGGUCUGUGAUGUGUAUUUUGAUACAUUUGUAGAUGUAAAAGCCCAUAAUUUGACAGUACACGGAACUCUGACUUGUGAUAAAUGCACAGAAACGUUUGAGCGUGAUAUUGACCUUGUCACUCACGAGGAGCUUAAUCACAAAUAUAAAUGUUCGGAUUGUCCCCAGUACAGGAGUACUGAGGAAGGUCUGAGGGAUCACUAUGAACGACUACAUAACACAUACAUAUGUAAAGAAUGCGGUAAGCCUUGUCAGGGCCUUGAUAAAUUACAUAUACAUGAAGAGAAACAUAAAGCGAGAAGUUCAUGUCCAAAAUGUGGAAAGAUGUACACUACGAAAGAGUUUUAUAUAAAACAUGUUAAAUUAUGCAUUAACAACUUAAUUGAUCCUCAUCCAAUAAGGAGUAGUAUGGAGAAAUCAUAUUCUUGUGAAAAAUGCGACAAAGCCUACAGCACUCCUGGCGGGCUUAGAGUUCAUAAUCGUUUUGCUCACGGAAACGCUCAGCCUCACCAGUGUAAGGAAUGUGGAAAAAAGUUUACCGCACCAAGUUAUUUAAAGGUCCACAUGAUAAAACAUACAGGAGAGAAGAACUUUAAAUGCGAUAUCUGCAAAAGUCGAUUUGUUUCCAAAGAAGCUCUUUUAUAUCACACCCGAAGACACACCGGUGAAAAGCCAUACUCUUGUAAAUUUUGUAGUGAAAAAUUUGUUAACGCCUCUGCCAGAGCAGAGCAUAUAAAGUUUAAACACAUAGGGCCGACACUGAUGUGCGAGAUAUGCUCACGAAAGUUUGUCACAACUCAUUUCUUAAAGCAACAUAUAAGCAGACACCACGACCCAACUAGCAAAUUGUACUACGGUAGAAAUAUGAUACCGCCUAACAUGCCUGUUGAAGAAAAUAUGAGAAGGUUUAUCAUUGAUACUGAGAAUUCUUCUCCUUCUUUUAUAAUUGGAAUCCCAUAGGAAUUGUCAAAGUCCAGUGUUUUCUCUCAAUUCUCUGCUCAUAAUAUUAGCGUUAUGUACGGUUUGCUUCACACAACUUAUUCAUCUAAAAAAAAACCCAAGACAACAAAUGUUAGUAUGUUAGAAAAAACUUCACACCUUAAUAUUGUUAGCUAAAUAAAUGUACAUAAAAUAUCUACUAAAGGAGUAUUUACAUGCAAUAGAAUAGAUAUAAAAUCAAUAAGACGGGGGAUACUGAGAAUUAACGCUAAAGCUUUUAAUAUUGUGCCUAUCAAUUGUUUUUAUUAGGCAAAUUAUAUGUUAAUUUUAAAGCAAAUUUAAUGUAUUUGUUGAAUGCGCUUAAUAUUA